AUGGCGAAUAGCAAUCAACAACAGCAAACAUCAGUAUCUGCAGGCGACAAUAAUAUUACUUCCAGAGUUGAUAUUCAAUCGUUAUCAUCAUCAUCAUCAUCAUCAAAUACGAGUAAUAAUCUUCUCAAUCAAUCAAUGGUUGAUUUUGCAUCUUUGCUCGAAAUACCUCUUUUUAAUGAAUUAAUGCUUGUAUAUGAAAUUCAGUACAAUGCAACCAAAGAUGCUCUCAAACAUUUCCUCGAAGAGCAGCUUCUCAAUCAAUCAAUGGUUGAUUUUGCAUCUUUGCUCGAAAUACCUCUUUUUAAUGAAUUAAUGCUUGUAUAUGAAAUUCAGUACAAUGCAACCAAAGAUGCUCUCAAACAUUUCCUCGAAGAGCAGCCUAGUUUGAUUCUUCCUCUUUUUACCAAUGUACUAUGGAGUUUGUUGGUUAAUCCAUUGUUGGCAAUUAGUCCGGUUGCAAAUUUGAAUUUAUUUGCUCAGGAUCUGCCGACAUCUACUGGAGAUCUACAGAAAAUUGCGGGAGAAAUGUUGGACAAGAUUAAGGAACCGAGCAAUAGCAUGCAAAACGUAAUCAAUCCUCAACAAUGCAAUCAACGUGCACAUAACCAGUUGAAUAAUCAUACUGAUAAAAGGACCCGAAAUAUCCAUCGUGCUGAAAAUCAGAAAAACAGUUCAAUUCUAUGCAAUGUUUGCGCAAAACCAUUGAAAAAUCGGGCUGCAUUCGUGAAACAUCGUCGACGGCAUCUUGGUAUCUCGGAGCUUGCUUUUGCAUGUGGGACAUGCGACAAACGAUGCAGUGAACGUCGUCAUUUAGCGGUUCACUGCAAAAACAAGCAUCAUGAAAUGCCAUCGGUGCCAUCCAAGAUAGGUCUUCGAAACGAUCCGGAACAAGAUAUGAUUACUCUUAACGAUUCAACGGAAGAAAAUCCGGAUUUAGUUCCUGAAGUAAACUCCAUGAAUGAAAAGGUACUUGUGAAGCUUUGGCAAUCAGAUGAUGAUAAAAAUAGCAUUCCGAACGGAAUAAAUAUGUCUAAUCAAUCGUAAAGACGACCGUUUUUUAAUUCUUUCUCACUCACUUUCUCACUCACUCAAAACCUAUCUCUUAGUGUUCAUAAUUAAUGUCAACUUUAGGAAUUCGGGACAAUCAUUGUGGACAGUUAGGAGGGAUGACGACAAAUAAGUUCUGUUUGAC